CGUGAAGUACAUGCUUCACAUACUGUAUCGUAAGURCCUCACUGAGAUAGCUAAUCGGUGUGGUCUAGWGUUCUGAUUUGAAAAAUUAAAAAUUGUCCACCGAACAUUUCGUUCUUUUUCAGUCGUACUUGAAUGUGCUUAAACGUGCAAAACGGGGGAAGAAAGUUCGAACGGUGGGGUACGUACUUUACGGUACGAGUUUGUAGUAGGAAAUCCYACUUUCUUUACCAGUACGUUUGAAAUGUCGUUGUGUCACACGUUCUKUGUAUGCAUUCGUGCUGUUUCCUCUUCAAACCGAACCAGAACAUCAGUUUCGAGAAAACAACGUCCAGCGCAAGGGAGGUUAUUGGUUGAAAAAACGACCAGAAUGAAAAAACCUCAGCAGSCAAAUUAGAGGGGUUAUCGCUACACAUUGAUAUUGAAAGAUAAAAUGGAAUAUGCGCCAGUGGUUCCUCAUGCAGAUUACCGGUCGAAGGCCGAGGAUAGAAGAAGAGAACUAGAAAAAUUGCAAGAAAAGGGGCUAACGAAGGCUAAAGGUGCGUAAUGGUUCGRGAAACUUCAAUCCCAUUCGUGGCAAUAGUAUGGUGAGUUGGUGCGAUCAAAGCAUCGCUACUUUGAUCCGAACAUUCAAGCCCUCACCUAUUUCUCCACACUGCUUUUUUCUACUUCGUACACCGAUAUCGCUUGCUAGCUUCCAGAUUGAGAGAUGCAUCUGCACCGACAGAAGCUUGUAAUUUUCUUGAGAAACAACGCGAACUAUUUGCAGCGCGUCGACAARAACAAGUCGACGCUAUCGAACUUUUGCACCAAUAUCGGGCCGACGACGAGCUCGUUCUACGAAAAGCAGAAGCAGCUCGGCGUAGUUUAGGAUCAAGGAGCUACAAAUUCUCCGCUAGACACAAUGUGACCAAUGGAAUGUCACUAUCCCCCUCAAAACUAGGACSAGAGUGGCAACCAGACGCAAAGUCUUCACUCCACUCCUAUGCCAUCUACCCCACGUUAACACCAACGAAGAAUAAAAGUGAUAUUGUGAUGAAAGAUACCAUAUCAAAAGACUCGCAUCGAACUCGAUCCCAUGACGUUCCUGCCAAUAUUGAUCAGAAGCCUAUCUGUUUUGAAUCUGCAUUUGAAGUACUUGGAAUUAUUGCGAAGGAAGCUUCUAGAAUUCCGCUACCAGAAGAAACUGAUGAGUUUGGCUACAAAACCUUUCAAACAACCGAUCCUUUGGUCGGCAUAACGGAUCAAGGAAUGCGAUUCGGUGACAACGAACGAAGCAACGAGAAAGAUGAUUCAAUUCUCCACUCAACCGAAGAAGCGGAAAGCAAUAGGGUGAAUGGAAACCAAAAUAGUCAUGGCGAUUAUCUCAACCAAAAUGAAGAAAGUGAUGAACUUGAAAAGAUUGAAAACGAAAGUGAUCAUUCGAUUUUAAUUAUUAGCAGUGAAAUGGGUGCUGACGUUCAUACAGAAGAAAAACGAGAUUCUCGCGUGCCUCUUAUGGAAAAAUUGUCGCUAGAUGCCAACCCACCAAGCGAUGGGACAGAAGAGUUCAUUCCCUUCGAAGCAUUUUCGAAGUUGGGGGAGAGUCUAGUAAUGGAAUCCCUUAGUAGCAAUUAUUCCAGAGGCGACAACGAUAGCAAUAGCCUUACGCAAGUUGAAACGGACGACGACAGCAUUAUCCCUGGAGACUCUUUUAUGCAAUUGGGGGCGASUAUGAUGGCCAACGACUUAAUUUGCUCAAAAGUUGAGAAUGGUCAGAUAGAUAAUAWUAAGAGAGAAUUGCUACAAUGCUCAAGGGUACAAUAUGGCGUGACAAGUACAAGAAGGAUAGUCGAAGUAGRAAAAAAGCUUGGUGCUCGUCCCAGCCCUUUACGGGUAGAUACGGAUAUUUGCGUUCAAAKAAGCGAUUGCGCUUCAAAGGAUACGACUUGUCAAGAGAAGAAAUCCCAAAAUAUCCAAUURGGCAUGCUGAAACCUGCAGCUGAGGAUUCUUGUCUCAAUUCCAAACAAUCAAUGGACCAGCUGGAAGCAUGUUCUUCGGAAGUGAAAAAACAGGAACAUGAUGAGCCCUACUUACGUUUUGAAAAUAUGCACAAAAUGGUCGAGUCUGCAAUCGUUAAAACACCAAAGAAAUCAAAUUUGGCCGAAGAAAGAAGCUGUAACGUAGAACGAAAGGAUAUCGCUCAUAGAAACUCGACAGAGGAAAUGCCACAGUCGAGCCGUAUUGAAGUCAACGAAGGAAAGAUACAAAUGAGUGCAAAUGAGGAACUUAAUGCAGUUGACCCAAAAAAGAGCAGCGAGGAAGAAAUAAAGGAGAGUGGAUGCGUUGGCAAUGCAAAGGAAACAUCCCAGGGGGAUGACUAYGAAGAACUUAAUAUGAUUGACCAAKUCGGUGAUCACAAGGGAACGUCACGUAWUAGCUCUGGUAAAGAAUCGAGCGUAGGGAGUGAAAACGAAGAAUUGAGGGAUAAGGAUAGGAGGAUUGACGAUGAAUCGAGUGCUACUGAUCGUACAAGUCUCGUAGAAGAUGUAUCGAAGGAGAGAAAACACGAAGAAGCAGUUGAUGCUCGGAAAAUGAUGACAGCAGAGGAAAGUCCUCCAAGCAAUGAUAAUGAAGAUGCGAAUGCAUUUGAUCCAAUAAGCAACGUAAAAGAAAAACCAGAGGAAAGUGAACACAGRUCAGGGGAAAAUACGGAUACCCGCCCUCUCCUUGUUCGUGACGAAGUUCGACGCYCUCGUCAAAACCGGAGGAAGAAAAAGAAGGACAAAUACAACUAUUAUCCUUCUUCGGGUUUGUUUUUCUCACGCCAAUUUUUAUCGCGAUGACAACAAAGAUCAAAUUUACCCGCUAGAAAAUUUGAAAAAUUUAAUAAUUUGAAGUGCUUCUU